AUGACAUUUCUGGUGGUGGUGGGCAGGUCGGUAGGGGAGCAACGCUCGCUGCUGGGUCAAAAUUUUCAAAUGGGGCCGGGCCAGUCAAACUCUGUGCUUCAUUGUCAUCUUGUAAUAACGUACGUCAGCUUGGCGCUCCAGGCGUCCAUAAAUAUUGGCGGGCCACCACCGUGCCACCGAUCCCGAUCCCAAACAAGAAGAAGAGGCGGCGACGAAAGCGAAAUCUACCGUGGAGGAGAGCACCGACGCCGCCGGUGGCCGCUCGCCGCUGGGCACCCUGCCGGUGCUGGUGUGCGACCACGGGCUGAACCCCAACAACCGGCAGACGGCGUUCGCCAUCGGCGACCAGAGCCUCCACACCAGCGUCGUGCCGGAGCUCGCGGGCAACCACUACCACGUGACCCCGCACGGCUGGGCCCUCCUCGUGGCGCCCGGGCCGUCGCCGCGCACGCGCCUCUGGGACCCGCGCUCCGGCCAGAGCGUCUCCCUCCCUGCAAUGGAGCGCGAGCCGCCGGAGGACUGGGAGUGCUGCCUCUCCGACGCGCCGACGACCUCCCCGUCGUGCGUCGUGCUCGUGCUGCACAUGAAAGAGCCCAAGUUCCUCUACUGCCGCGUCGGGGGCAGCCACUGGUCGGCGCACGAGUACGACGUCGGCGACGUGAAGCUGCCGCCCUCGUACGCGCCGCCGAGGAAGAUCGUCAUCCAGGACGCCGUGGGCGGCAGGUUCUAUUUCAAUACCGGGAAGCUUGGGGUCAUCGAUUUCUCGCCGGCGGCGAUGCCGGAGCUGAGCUUCAUCGACUACCCGCCUCCCGAGUUCCCAAUGGGAUCCAACUGCCGCAGGGAGUACAUGCUGGAGUCGCGCGGGGAGCUGUUCAGCGUCUACAUCUGCCUCAAGGAAUUCACGCCCGAGAUACGGUGUGCGUCUACAAGAUCGAUCCGUCUGGAGCAGCUGGGCCAGUAGAGGUUGACGACUUGGGAGAUAGGGUGUUCCUUCUGAGUUACUCCAAUGCCCAGCUGCUGUGCUCGGCGAGCAAGUAUGGGGUUAAGGGGAACUGCGUCUACUUCUUCCACAAUGUCAUGGGGGACAUGGACGGUGAGCUCCUGUACAUCUUCGACAUGGACGACAAAAGCUUGAAGACUGUGCGGCCGUGCCCGGAGAUGGCCGAGCUUCUGCGCAGCCCUUUCUGUAUGCUGCCUAUUGAUGAUCAAGACAGCACCCGCGAAUAUUAGCCGCCAGGCUAGCAAAGUAGUAAUACUAGUAACAAGACCAGAAUCAAACAUGUUGUAAACUUUUUUUAACACAGGAUUUAUCACCCGACUUAAUUAGGUGGAAGUGAGCAUUAUUCAUCCGCGACCGUCGUCAUCAAGACAUCAACCAUAACUAGGCAAGUUAACCUCGACA